AUGCGGAACGCAUACAGAAUGCACACCGGCAGCAGGCGGUGGACCCUGGCCACCACUCGGCAGGGGAACCUGCUUCUGGACCUCCACCGUCAGGUCGAGGACCUUGACAAUAGGGGCCGGCGGAACAACAUUCGGGUCCGGGGGCUGCCGGAAGCGGAGGGGGAGAGCCCGCAGGAGAUACUCACCGGCCUGUUCACACACCUGCUGGGUGAGGCGGCUCCGGAGGACUUUGGCAUCGUGAGGGCCCACAGGGCUCUUCGGGCACCCAGACGGGAUGGCCUCCCCAGAGACCUGAUCUGCGCCCUGGUGUCUUUCCCGCUCAAGGAGGAGCUGAUGAAAGCGGCGCGCUCCCGACCCGACCUCAGCUACAUGGAUUCCCCGGUGUCCCUGUUCCAGGACCUAUCGCAGACCACCCUGGACGCCAGGAGGGCCCUGAGGCCGCUUACCCGGCUGCUACAGGAGAGGAGGAUCCCGUACAAGUGGGGCUUCCCCUUCAGUCUUCAGGCCCGAGUGGACAACAUGUGGCAUGUUCUAAAAUGGCCGAAUGAUAUCCCUCGUUUUCUCCGCAAUGCUGGCCUUCCCCAUGUCACCAUCCCGAACUGGAUCCUGGAGGGUCCGCCGGCGAGAGCGGUGGGCCCGUCAGAGAUGGCACACAACCUGCACCCGGAUCAGGAGCCCCACCGACGCAGAGGGGGGCCAAAUGGCCCUGAAGAGUAG